AUGAAGACAUCGGCUCUGAUCUUUAUCAUGGGUGCAUCAGCACUCGCAACCGCUCAUCUCUCUGCCGCUGCCACGAGUUGCAGGACUACUGAAGAUACUGACUCCUCCGAUACCCACAGUGGGACCGAAACGACGAAUUACGCUGGACCGAUCUCGAGAUCUUUCCAAAAGGUGACAUCGUUGCAGGCUCGUGUCCAGGGUGACAUGCCCCAAUGGGAUACCGCCAAUCAACGCCUUGUGUCGGAAUACUACGACACAUUCGAUGAGAAAUACCGCGCUCUCCUUGACACUGUCAACAUGGCAGCCAUUGAAGGUGCUCUCAAGUAUGUACAGGCCGAAUGUAUCAACGCUUCAGUCGUGACGGACUGCGAGCGCAAAAACGGCGUCCAGUACGUCGUUUUCUACCAGACGACAGUUGUCCAACCCACUGCUGCGAUGGAUUUCUAUGCCAACGCCACGGACGAAUACGACUUUGCUAUCGAACACUGUCCGUUCUUGCCAUUGGACGGCGGUCGGUGUAAUCCGAAUCCGGACGGCACGUUCCCAGACGUGUGUAACCAGUACAUUGGAGUCAACGGCCAACCCGAUUUAGGCUUCUGUGUUGGUGGAACACUACAAGACAAUGAGGUUAUUGCGCCUUAUCCGCAUAACUACUGGUUCUCCUUCCCCAAUAGCUGUCCACAAAGUCGCUGGAGUGAUAAGACAGACGCUUGUCGUGCCGAAUACGCUGGUGGCUUGUGUCCUCUGGGAGUGGAUCCAGAUGGCGAGACCUGUACGUUUUCCUACGAGGUGCUGGGCUAUAUUCCAUUGGACGAUGUAGUAGGUAUUACUUCAUUGGUGAACCCUCAAACGAACAGCAACUACGCCAAUUACACGGAGUUCUGUGAGGCUGGCGGUGUUGAGUUUAGCGUUACAGUGUCUGGCGAUGAAGUCGCCUGGCUCGAUGGUCUUGAAUUCUGGGCCAACCCGGGUGACAGUGCUGCUAAUGCUGAACGAGCCGAGAAGCUUGUUGCCGCAUACGGGGAGCUAGUAAAGACGGGUGCUUUGACAAGUGAUGGUGGAGUGAUGAAGGCGUUGCCAACGGUAGCUUCGCUUACGACCAGCAAUCCACCAUGCUACAAGAACAGUAAAAUAUGUGCUAGCGCAGAGUUCGGAUGCAAGCGAUCGUACAGUUCGCAGAUUUGUGAAGUUUGCACGUCGAACGAUUCGGGCUGCGUGAAAUCGUACCAGAGCGACUAA